AUGGAGGACGGCCCGGAAAAGGACGAUCUGGUCGCAAAAUCUGUCUCGACGUAUGUUCAUAUCUUUUACAAUAAAUUUUACAUCGUUCUUGUUGCGUUACCAUCAUUUCCGACCUUAUUUUAGCUCGUUGAAUUACAAAGAAAGGCUCGAGAAGAUUCGACGUCGGGAUGCGAUUGACUCCAAAUUUGGGUAUGUGAAGAUCAACGAUUCGGAAUUACGAGAUGCCUGGUUGGUUAAUUUCCAGCCUGUAAGUCCUUCCCCUUAUUUUAUUUUUGUUUUUAGUCCGAGGUGUUGGAUGAUCAGCACAAUCGUCUGGUCGCCGCGGUCGACUUUUAUUUCCUUCGAGAAGAUGGCAGUCGGUUCAAAGUCGCAUAUCCAUACUUUCCGUAUCUUCUCUUGGAAACUGUUGAGGGCUUUGACAUUAUUUUAGCCUCUCAUUUGACUAAAGUUUACGAUUUUUGUUGGGUGGAGCAUAUAGAGAAGGUGAAUUUGGAUCUGGUAAGUUGCUUUCUGUCUUAUUUGAUUUUUUUCAACUUUUAGAACAAUCAUCUGGCCGGUCUGAAGACCAAAUAUUUGAAAGUUAGUUUCCCCAGUGAGGUGGAGCACCAAAAGUUCAAACAGGCCUUGUUGCGGACGAUAUUGAAGAACAAGGAGAAGUUGAAAAGCACGACUGAGUAUACGACACUUCUUCAAAAGUAAGUGGACUUUUAUUUUUACUGCUGAUCUAUUAUUUUCGACAUUUUCGAUGUUAUCCAUCACUUUUUCAGACAUUUUGGGACUUCAAACAGGGAAGAUCGAGAUCUCAUCGACUAUAUUAUUGAUAUCCGAGAGUAUGAUCUCCCUUAUCAUAUGAGAGUGUGUGUGGACAAUAAAAUCUUUGCUGGAUUGUGGUAUACGGUGCAAUGUUUGAAUCCGGAGACCCAGAAGCCGUCGAUUGUCAGAAACACGGACAGGGUUGAACCAAUUGAGCCAGUGGUUUGCGCAUAUGAUAUUGAGACCACAAAAGCCCCGUUGAAGUUUCCAGACGCUGAGGUGGAUCAGGCAAGCCAAAUUUUUUGAUAUUUUUAUAUUAUUUUAGGUCUAUUUCGAUGAUUUUUGGCUUACAAUCGAAAAUUUUUGAUGUUUUUUGUCAUUCUUUUGACGUUUUAUUCCUCCGUCUGACAUCUAGAUUCGAUUUCAGUUGUUUUUACAGUCUAAGAAUGACAUUUUAUUUUAAGAAUAUCAAAAAAUUUGCAAAAAUUGAUAUUUUUAAAAUUUUUGAUCCCAUUUUUUUUUAGAUAAUGAUGAUUUCCUACAUGAUUAAUGGUCUUGGCUAUCUAAUCAUUAAUCGGGAAUGCGUUUCCGCCGAUAUUGACAACUUUGAAUACACUCCGAAACCCGAAUUCCCAGGGGAAUUUACUGUUUAUAACAUGGCCAAUGAGAAAGCGACUAUCCAAAAGUUCUUUGAUCAUCUCUUGAAGGCCAAACCCUCGGUUAUGGUGACCUAUAACGGCGAUUUUUUUGAUUGGUAGGCGGAAAAAGUCUUGAGUUUGCAACUUUGGAACUGGGAUUGGAGAAAAAGACGAUUGGGGAAACCGAAAAGUAUUAUUUUUCUUCGAUGCAAUUGCCGAAAUUAGGAUAAUCGAGGGUGGUGAUAUCGAAAAUGACAUUCAUUUUUUUGAUUGUUACUUUUUUCCUUAAGUAGUACUGUAAAGUACUAAUUUUUUGAUUUUUUUUUAUAAAUACUCGAUUUGGGGGUUUUCGAAGGUACUGAUUUUGAAAAUGUUAACUUUUCCUCUAGUACUAUAUAGUACUAUCUGAUACUAUGCAGUACGAGGUGAAAAUAUGGCUUUUGACGUUAAUGGUGUUGUUUUUAUGCUUAGUACUCUUUAAAAAACGUUUUAAAGACUUGGUGCUAUUGAAUACUACCUCAUACUUAUAUAGUACGAGGUGAAAAUAGCAGUAAUAAGCAUCAGAACAACACCACUAACGUCAAAAGAAAAAUUUUCACCUCUUACUGCAUAGUAUCAGAUAGUACUAUAUAGUACUAGAGGAAAAGUUAACAUGAUUUUGGACAUCAGCACCAUCGAAAACCCCUAAAUCGAGUAUUUAUGAAAAAAAUUCAAAAAAUUACUGUUUUACAAUACUACUUACGGAAAAAAGUAACUAUCAAAAAAAUGAAUGUCAUUUUCGAAAUCGGCACCCUCGAUUAUCCUAAUUUCGACAUUUGCAUCGAAGGAAAAUAAUACUUUUCGGUUUCCCCAACCGUCCAAAUCCGGAGGGCCUAAAUCUUUUUACAUUGAUUUAGGCCGUUUGUGGACAAGCGCGCCGAAUUCCACGGCCUGCACUUGGCCGACCUUGGGUUCUACAAAGACGACCAAGACGAAUACAAGCACGCCGCCGUCGUUCACAUGGACGCGUUUCGGUGGGUGAAACGCGAUUCCUACCUACCCAUGGGCUCGCAAAAUCUGAAGGCUGCGGCUCGCGCGAAAUUGAGGUACGACCCGGACGAAGUGGACCCCGAAAUGAUGGUCCAGAUGGCGUUGGAUGAGCCGCAGAAGAUGGCGAAUUACUCCGUAUCGGACGCGGUCGCCACCUACUACUUGUACAUGAAAUAUGUGCAUCCUUUUGUGUUCGCUUUGUGCACCAUCAUCCCCCUCGGGCCGGACGACGUGCUCCGAAAAGGAUCGGGCACUCUGUGUGAAGCACUGUUGAUGGUCGAAGCCUUCCACAACAACAUUGUUUUCCCCAACAAGCAGGUCGCCAAAGACCAUCCCAUGACCCCAGACGGGUUUUUAAUGAACUCAGAGACCUAUGUGGGCGCCAAAGUUGAAGCCCUGGAGUCGGGCGUGUUCAAAGCUGACAUUGAUUGCAAGUUUAGGAUUGAUGUAGAGGUCCUAGAACAGCUCAAGGUGAGAUUUGAGAGGAUUUGGGUUAAAAGAUUUGGGAUUUUUAAAUUUUUUGGGGUUAAAAUAUUACACUUGAUAAAUUUUUGUGUAUUUUGAUGGAUAAACGCAUUUUAGAUGGGAAAUAUGGAUUUUAAAUGUUAUAUUGAUUAUUUUUAAUUGAGAAGAAUGCGGAUUUUUGAUGGAAAGAUUUGAAAUUUUGGCUUUUUUGGUCCGAUAUUACACUUGAUAUUUUACUGCUUUUUUGAUGUAUAAAAGCCGUUUUGAAGCAAAUUUUUGGUUAAAAAAAGCAGGGAGACCCUUUUAUAAGAAGAAUUAAACCAAUUAAUAAUUAAGAUUUUUAAAAAAAUUAUAUUUUUUGGUUCAAUUUCCCAAAAAUUGACCUUAUUUUAGUCAAUUUCCCUAAUUUUGGCCAUAUUUUAGUCCGAAGUGGAGGCCACAAUGCGCCACGCGGUCGUUGGAGAGCUGGGAGUGCCCCUAGAAGAGGUGACAAACUUUGAGGAGGUCUGCGACAGUGUGAAAGACGUGAUCGACCACCUAAUCCAACACCCCAACCGAUACGAACCCCCGAAAAUUUAUCAUCUGGAUGUGGGCGCAAUGUAUCCGAAUAUCAUCUUGACCAAUCGUCUUCAACCCCCGGCCGUGGUAACGGACUCGGAAUGCAUGUCUUGCAUCUAUAACACGCCUGAGGCCAAGUGUAAACGGGAAAUGGAAUGGGUUUGGAGGGGAGAUCUGAGUAAGUUGGUAUAAUUUGGUACCGCAAAAGUUUUGAAUUUUUUUAAAACUUGUUGUAUAUGUAGGAGAGGGUAUUUAGAGCCAUUCUGGGGGAUUUUAGUCCACGAUUUUGAGUAAUCAUCGAGAUUUUUUGGUCAAAAUUAAAAAAAUUUUUUUUUUGAUUUUUGGUCUGAAAAUUUUAGAGUUGAUUAUAGAUGGGCAGUGGAUGAUAUAUCCAAAAGAUCAAUUUUUUCCAAACGAAAUUCGCGCAGUUACAGCGGAAAAACGUUUUUUCUCUGACCGACCUCCUCUUUUUGCGCACUCUCUCUCGAAGAUUGAUGAAUAUCUCGGCUGCUGUUGUGAAGCGUGAACUGAAAUUUUUAGGGAUUAAUAAGUGAGCAAUCGAGAGAAUGUAUGCGAAAUUUGAAAAAAAUUGAGUGAUUUUUUUGAUACUUUUUGACACUUUUUUUCAAUUGUGCCAUUUUUCGCAAAAAUUUGAUUUUUUUUUGAUUUUUUCCAUUUUAAUCGCCUUUGUUUUGAGUCACCGCCACCAAAGGCGAGUACGAAGGCCUUAUCAUGCAACUGGAACAGGAGAGGUUCGGCAAAACCCAAGUUCCCUUCUACAGUUUGCCAAAAGAUCAACGACAAGCCAUCGAAAAGAAGAGGAUUGAAGGUAGCAAAUUUUGAUUGUAAUUUUCACUGCCAUUGUUUAGAAUACUGUCGACGAGCGCAUGGCAAAAUUCACACGGCCAGAGAGGAGAAACGGACCACUCGAAUUUGCCAAAGAGAGAAUUCGUUCUACGUGGAUACUGUAAGGGCGUUCCGCGAUCGAAGAUACGAUUACAAAGCCAUGUUGAAGGUGAGAAUAUUGUGAAUUGAGGAGUGGAGAGUUAUUUUUGAGUUGUUUGAGGGGAGAUUUUAUGGAUUUUAGGUUGGUUGGGAUCUAUUUUUGACAAAAUUUAUAUUGUUUUAGGCGAAAAAGGUGGGUAAAGAAAAUUUUUGUGGAUUUUAGGUUGAAAAAGUCGGACAUAGUGGGAGAUUGGGGUUUAUAAAGACUUGGAAUAGAAGAAUUCGUGAAUUGAAGUUGAUUUUAACCACGAGUUUUGAGUGUUUUCAUCCUAAAAAUCGUGAUUUUCCUGCAGAAAGCGAAAAACCAGCUCUCCGCCCUCGACGAAAAAGAUGUGGCCGGCCAGAAGGCGGCGCAAGCCCGUGUCGUCCUCUUCGAAUCCCUCCAACUGGCCCACAAAUGUAUUUUGAACUCGUUCUACGGGUACGUGAUGCGCAAGGGCUCACGCUGGUUUUCCAUGGAGAUGGCCGGCAUCGUCUGCUACACCGGAGUUCAGAUCAUCACCGAAGCUCGCAAAUUGAUCGAACGCAUCGGCCGACCGUUGGAAUUGGACACAGACGGAAUUUGGUGCCUUAUCCCGUCGAGUUUCCCGGAAAAUUUUUCGUUCAAAACGAAGUCGGGGAAGAAGGUAGGAAAUGCCAUGGAUAAUAUAAUAAAGUCUUGGAAAAGCGUUAAAAUGAAAAGAUUUGAUAAUUAGUAGCAUCUAGAGACCUUGUGAAAUUUUUGGGCGAGUUUUGAGAUUUAACGCCUAAGGGCAUUUAGCUUAAGAUGGAGGUUUUUUUGACAUUGGCUGAAGUCAAAAUUUUUUUUGAGUGGUAAAUAAAAAGAUAUAAUUUUGUCAUCCAGAGACAGUAAAAACCAUUUUUUAUUAGUUGGAAGUUUAUUGCCUGGGGGGAUUUAGCUGAAAUUGAGAUUUUUUUCUUGAAAUUUCACUAAAAUUAAUUUUUUUUUCGACUUGAAAACGACUAUUUUUGAUCACAAGAAGCAUCCAGAGGCCAGAACAAGUCUUUUGAGCGAUUCUGGACUACAUCCCCUUAGGGCAUUUAGCUAAAAAUCGAGAUUUUUUGAACAUUUUGGAUCUUUUUUUAAUUUAAAACUUUUCAGUUGACGGUUUCAUAUCCCGGAGCCAUGCUGAACGCCCUGGUCCAACAAAAAUUCACCAACGAUCAGUACCAUGUCCUUCAGCCGGACGGAAGUUUCGAAAUUAAAAGUGAAAAUUCGAUCUUCUUCGAAGUCGACGGCCCAUAUUUGGCGAUGAUUCUGCCGGCCUCCACGGAAGAGGGAAAGAAAUUGAAGAAGAGAUACGCAGUGUUCAAUUUCGACGAGUCCCUAGCCGAACUGAAAGGAUUCGAAGUGAAAAGACGCGGCGAAUUGGGAAUCAUCAAGCAGUUCCAGACGACCAUUUUCAAAACCUUUUUAAAAGGCACCACACUCCAAGAAAUCUACGCAAAUGUAGCGCAAGAGGCCGACUAUUGGAUCGACAUCCUCGAGUCGAAAGGUGAAGCUCUCACGGAUGGACAGUUGUUCGAAUUGAUCGCCGAGAAUCGGUCCAUGAGCAGAAAGUUGGAGGACUAUGGAGCCCAAAAAUCGACCUCGAUUACAACCGCCAAGAGAUUGGUGGAGGUGAGAAUUUAUUUUUGUUGUAAAGGAUGAGGCUUGAAGCUUCUGUGCUGGAAGUUUGAUAAAUGUGGGGUUGCUGAGAUAUCAGAUAUUGAGGAUAUUGUACAUGACUAUCUGAUGAAACACAAGUUUUUUGUUGAUGUUUUAAGAAGGCUGGGGAUUGAAAAAUGAUUGCUUUUAUUACGCAAAAGGGUCGAAGAUUUGACCCUAAAAAUGUGAGAAGAAUAAGUUUAUGUUGAGCUGAGAUAUUUGGGAUAUUAUACUUGACCACCUAUAUGUUGGAAAUUCAGAUAAAAUGGUGUUUUACUGAUUUUUAAAAAGGAUUAUGUAACAGUUACCAUAGCCUGGGAGGGCUGUAGAAAUUGUGUUGAAAAUUAGGAAAAAAUUAAAUGCUUGGGAGCUGAGAUAUCAGCAAUAUUGUACUUGGUCAUCGGGUUGUCGGUGGUGCAGAAAAAAGGAUGUCUUAACGGAUGUUUGGGAUCGUGAGGUACGGAAGUUUGAACGCGAUUAUAUUAGAAAAGGACCAGAGAGAUUAUAUUGAAAAUUGAAGCGCAAUUUAUUAAUUACACUGACGGACCACAUCCAGUCGCAAAAAACGUACUAUUUUGCAUCCGGUAAGCAUCAGAAUGUGGCAAAAUGCUUCCCUCUCCAAGUGAAAAAACUUCGUUUUGAAGGACUUCCUCACAAAAAGAGCGGGCGCGCUUUUAAAAUCGGAGUUUUUUUCACUUGGAGAGGGAGGCAUUUUGCCACAUUUUUGAUACUUCCCGGAUGCAAAAUGGUACUUUUUUGCCACUGGAUCAGGUUGCCCACUGUAAUUAAUAAAUUACUCUCCAAUUUUCAAUAUAAUCUCUCUGGUCCUUUUCUAAUAUAAUCGCGUUCAAACUUCCGUACUUCACGAUCAUAAACAUCCGUUAAGACAUCUUUUUUUCUGCACCACCGACAACCCAAUGACCAAGUACAAUAUCGCUGAUAUCUCAACUCCCAAGCAUUUUAUUUUUUCCAAAUUUCCAAGACAAUUUCUACAGCAUUUCUUCUAUCGGUGAUAUCUCAUUAGAGGAUAUUAUACUUGGUCAGUUCGAGGUAAAAAACGCGACGGUUCUUCGGCGUUUUAAAAGCCGAAAGUUAAUAAAAAUGUUGCAUUAGCCUUCUUAUUGCUUGUUUUAGCUCAAUAACUUUUUAAAUAACGAAGUUUCAACAUCAAUUUCUCAUUUUUUUCAAUUUCAGUUUCUGGGUGAUGACAUGGUCAAAAAUGCUGGUCUUGCUUGCUGUUUUGUCGUCUCGAAGUUCCCACUAGACGCUCCAGUCACCGAGAGGACCAUCCCACUUCGAAUUUUCCAAGCCGAAACGAAGAUCAAGAUCCAUUUCCUGCGGAAAUGGUGCAAAAACAGGGAAAUCGCUGCUGAUGUUAAUGUUCGAGAUGUAAGAGGAGAUUUUGAAGGAUUUUUUUAAAAAAUGUUUGUUUUACUAAGGCCUUAUAAGGCAGUAUUUAUUUUUGUCUUGCAGCUAGUUGACUGGGAGUACUAUAAAGAGCGGUUUUUCGCUUGCAUUCGGAAGAUUAUCACCAUCCCGGCGGCUCUUCAAAACAUCCCAAAUCCGGUCCCAAGAGUCCCACAUCCUUCUUGGUUGGAGCGCGUACGAAAGGAGAAGACUGAGAGCGUCUUACAGCCCAAAAUCAACGCCUUUUUCAAAGUGAGAAAUUGAUUUUUUGCCGAAAACAUAGAAUUUUUUGAGCUUGAUGUCUAAAGUAAUAUAAUUUUUGUUCAGAAAGUGGAAAAAGCCCCUCCAAAGACCCCACAAAGAACUCCGUCAAGCCGAAAACGACCAAUGAUUGCGUCACAGGUACGCCCGGUCGAUUCAGAACCAACCACACCCAAACGCCAGAGAAUCCGAGCCAUCUCAACUCAAGGAGAAAUUGAAGAAAUUGUGGAUGAAACUGAACCCCCAAGAUCGCUGAGCAGACUCUCCACGACUUCUCAGACCCCAAGGAAGGUGUCUUUCAGAAAGGAUGGCUUUACGAAAUGGGUAAGAAUUAGAUUUGAUUGGGUGAUAUUGUAGUAGGUAAAAAUUUUGAAUUGAUCGAUUUUUGAGGCAUUUUGGGGGAGAUUAAUGGCUGUUUAGGGAUGUAAUGGGAAAUUUGAGGAAGACAGAAGAGAUUUUUUGAGAUUUUGGGAGAAAAAAUUAUAUUGUACUUGAUGGAUUUUGGACAAUUUUUGGUCAUUUUUUGGUUAUUUUUUGGGUUUUCUUGGAUAUUCUUGAUGAUUUUAGAAGAUUUUACAAGCUUUAGGUUGCAGUAUUGCCACUGGUUUGUAUUUUGGAAAAAAAUUUUUUAUAAUUUUUUUGUCCAGAUUUCCCAUCACAUCAAAAAAUGGCAACGCCAAAUGAAAGAAAAACGCUCCUGGAAGAGUCAAACCCAAGAAACGAAGAAACGCGGCCUCUCCCGCCUCCAGCAAAUGGUCAUGGACGGGAAUGAGCGGCUCCGCGUGCAUGUCUGGCACGUCCUCCAGGUACAGCCGAAGCAAACCCCCGGCCUGUUUGACGUCUACGCGAUUGUGAAUGGAAGCAAGCAGAAGUUCGAACUCAAAGUCCCGCGAACUUUUUAUGUGGACGAUUCGAUUGAACGGCCGAAUGGAAAGGGAGUCGCGAAAACGUUGCCAAGAAUGAGGCCGUACAAGUUUUUGUACGAGUUUACGAUCGAUGAAACGGAUUUCCUCGAGAGAAUCAAGUAAGAAAUUGGAGUGGAGAUGAGUUUGAAUAUGAAAUUGUAGAUUUGGAAGGGCUUUUUUGAAGAUUUGUUGGAUUUUUUGGCCCAUUUGUGAUAAAUGUUGGGUCAAAAAUGAGAAAUGAAUUGUUGUUGAUGAAGUCGGCCCCAAGUUUAUUUAUUUUUGAGCACCUUGUGACCAAAGUAAUAUCGCUUUACCUGAUCCACUGGCAAAAAACGUACCGUUUUGCAUCCGGGAAGUACUAAAAAAUGUAGCAAGAUGCCUCCUUCUCCAACUACAAAAAACUCCGAUUUGUCUUUUUGUGAGGGAGCCAUUCAAAACGGAGUUUUUUAGUUGGAAAGGGAGGCAUUUUGCUACAUUUUUUUGAUACUUCCCGGAUGCAAAAUGGCACGUUUUUUGCCACUGGAUCAGGUAAAGCGAUAUUACUUUCACAAGGUUUGAAGCUCAAAAGUAAAUAAACUUGAGGCCGACUUUAUCAACAACAAUUCUUUUCUCAUUUUUGACCCAACAUUUAUCACAAAUGGGCCAAAAAAUCCAACAAAUCUUCAAAAAACCCUUCCAAAUCCACAUUUUUCCAUUCAAAAUGAUCUCCAUCUGAAGCGAUAUGACUUUAAUCACAAGUUGAAGCUCAAAAACGAUUUUUUUGCAAAUUUUUUUCAAUUUUCAGCGAAGUGAAUGCGAGCAUGUGCAUGCAGCGGAUCAACGGAGUGUACGAAACCAAAUUACCCCCGCUUUUCAAGGCCCUCAUGGACAUGGGACACACCGCGAAAAUCAAGAGUCUCACGAAUGCCACGAAAAUUUCGUUGGACCAGAUUCGAAGGGUGAGAAGAGAUUUUUGGUUGCAUUGCUGUUUAGAUUGACGAAGAAGACGCACAUAUCGAUGUGGAUGAGCUGAAAGUGGUCUAUUUUUAUGAAGUGUGCUACAAAAAAGAAAAUUUCGCCUUCCUUUUUGCGCCAUUCGCAAAACAAGCCCAUUUGUUCAUGACAAACAGAAAUCAGCAGCUGGGAAAUGUGAAAAAAGUCUUUAUCGAAGAACUGGAAGGAACGUAAGCGACUUUUUUCGAUGGUUUUUAGAGGUUUUAAAAAAAAUUUUUUUUUGAAAAUUUUUAAAUUUUUUGUGAUUUUUUAAUUAAAAACGGUAUGUUAAGAUGGAUAAUGUUGAGAUAACAUGAUUUUGCGGAAAUUUUUGCCAGAAAAACGAAGUUUUUUGAGAGAAAAGUGAAUUUUUUUGCCUAGUGUAAUAUAAUUUUUAUUAAAAUUUUGCAAUUUAUUGACGGAUUUAGGUGAAUUAGUGUUUAACAUGGAUAAUUAAGCUUUUUAAAACGGUUUGAAAUUAAUUUUUUGAUCUAUUUUUGCCUAGUGUAAUAUAAUUUUUAUUAAAAUUUUGCAAUUUGUCAACGGAUUUAGGUGAAUUAGUGUUUAACAUGGAUAAUUAAGCUUUUUAAAACGGUUUGAAAUUAAUUUUUGGAUCUAUUUUUGCCUAGUGUAAUAUAAAAUUUGCAAAAAUUUUGAGCUUUUUUGAGGGAUUUUUGAUAAAUUUGAUUGUCCUUCGGUUAAUAAUGUCUUAAAAGUCUUAAAAAGUACUUUGAAGUAAUUUUUAGUGCAUUACAGAUAUUAAUUUACCUCAUUUUUGCACUAAUUUUUGCCCCAUUUCAGCGAUGAAAACCAUCGAAUUUUCGAAGGCACCGAGGAAAUGGAGAUCACUUGCACCACGAAGGACUCGAUCAAAGCCGAGAUCCUGAAGUUCACCAAGUCCUUGAACCUCCAGUCCUACGAUCCGGCCCUCUUUAUUGUCCAGAGUUCGCGCGAUCCCCCGAAUUUCGACCAGGAAUACGCGCAGAUCGCGAAAUUCGCCCCGAUCUUGCGCCUAAAGCAAGAUUCGCCCGCCGCACUCUUCCAGCACAUGGACUGGGCCCAGCGCAUCACUCGACACGCCAUCCGACAUUACCUAAAUUCGUAUCUGAACCUGCUGGACCGCCUGGAAAUCAGCCGCAUCUCCGGCAUCCCCAUGUGCAAUAUCCCGGCGGAUUGGUGCGGAAAAGCCCUCGAUUUGCAGUUCUCGCUACUGUUGAGGUGAGUAGUGAAGGAUAGAGGGGUUUUUUGAGAUUUUUUUUAUUUGAAAAAAGUCGUGGUGGGACCAAAAUUUUUUGAAAAAAUUGAUUUUUUUGGGAAAAAAUCAUAGUGAAUAGAGAAAAGAAGUAUUUUUAAGGCUUGAUAUGUGGUAUAGUUUGCAAUGGGAACACAUUGAGUGAUCAAAAAUGAUUUUUUUUUUUCCAAAAAAUGUUGUUUGGAAAAUUUUUUUUUUGAUUUUUUUUUGUAAUUUUUGGAUUUUUUUGAGUUGAAUAUUAGCUAGAAAGAUAUUUUUUAUUAUUUUUUAUGUUAUUUUCGUAUUUUUUAUCCCCAAAAAUUUCUCCAAAAAUCCGAAAAUUAUGAAAUUUUUUAAAAUUCUCCUCUAAUAUUGACUAAAUCGCAUUUUAGACAAGAGAAUAUGUUGUUAUGGGCCUCCGAAGAAGCCGAGCCCGAUCUUGGAGGAAAGGCCAAAGACGAAACCGAAAAUUUGGAAAUUUGGGACAAUGUCAACUUCAAGAACGUCCAAAGCAAUGUGUUUAAUGAACGGGCCUUUGUGGUGAGUGGAUUUGAAGGGUAUUUGGGGGGCUGGAAAUUUUGGAAAAAAAAAAUUUUUUUUUUGAUUUUGAAUUUUUUGGGGGUUUUUUUUUGGAAAUAAGAGCGAAGGAAUAAGAGCGAAAAAAAUCUUCUGAAAAAAAUGCUUCAGCCUCUUUCUUUUUCGUUCGGAAGAGUGUGUUUACGAACUCUUCCCACUUGGGAAAGAAUCUGAGAGGCGGAAAGAGUCUCGAGCAGACGCUCCCGCCAUCAAGGUGGGGGAAGAGUGUGGGACGAGACUCUUUCCGCCUAUUGGCUCCGCCCACUUCUGCAGGAUUUUGGGGAAAAAUGGCGAAUUGAAAUGUUUCCAUUUAGUAAAUAAAGCACUGUUCUUUUCAAUUAUACGAUGUUUUAUACAUUUUUUCUUUGACAACAAAGUUUGGACAGUAUAAUCUAACACUUUUCGUUCAUUUUCUAUAAAAUAAAUGAAUAACUAAUCUUUAAUAACAAUAAAUAAAGGUGUCUAAGAAACAGAUAUCGGAGAAAUCAGAUACACUAUAUAAAUCUGAUAUAAAGAAGGCCACAAAAAUGUAAUUCAGGUAACAGAGAUAAUAAACCAUGGUGGCUGAAUUGUAAUAGCAAUAAUAGCCGGAAAAUUGUGCACUUUUUCGCGUACCUAUAGGGUUGUUGAACGGCUGGCUGCGAAUGCAUUCGGUGGAGCUAGGAGUACACCAAAUUAUCCAGAAUUUGGUGUACUCCUUACAUUUGGGUUUAGUCGCCGGGAGCAAACAGUCUUGCGCAUAGGUCCAGAAGAUCACGUGUUUCUCAUUAGUAGACCAUAUCUGAAAUCGGAUUGAUGAAGACGGUGUGGUGGUUGAAUCCUAAAUCAAGAACGCAAAACAGAAGAAAAGAACUUACCAUCUUGCAAGCCAAUGAAGAGGUCUUCAUUUACUUCAUAAGUCGCAUCAGUAUUAUGCUUGUCGUCCAGAACUAUUGAAACAUCUCGCUGCACAUGACGCGGAGAUAUUUCGGCUAAAAUUUACCCACACUAUCAACAAUUUAACAUCUACGUACCUUUCCGAGUCCACCAUAGGAGGCCGAAUAUAAGUCCAUGAUUUGCAGUAGAUCCAGUUCAACAUCUUAUGGGCGGUGUUUGGAGGCCUUCAUCAAUCGCAUAUCAAUCUUGGUCGUCCUUUUUUGGCAUCAAAGUUGUUGGUAAAACUUCAUUUCUCUGGCAAAAGCGAAAAAGGUUCCGCAGCUUGCGCCCGAACAAUUUUCAGUCGUUUUGACCGAACAAAAGUGGCCGACAACAAUAGAUGGAGGUGAACCUUAGCCCAUCGAUGAAUGAUAGGGAAUUUCGACGAGGAAGGGCGGACCGACGCGGCGAAAUGUAAGUUGCCUCAUUUUGUUAGCAUAUUUGAGUAAUUUCAGGUCUAAUUUUUCCUACCCGGCCAACUGCGGACACCAUAUCUGAACUUGUUUUAACUUUUCAGGCCCAAUUGAUGUUCGACAUCAACAGUAUGUGAUCGCUACAGCGAUAAAUUCGGACGACUUUGUAAGUUAGAACUUUUUUUUUAAACAUUUUAGGUAUAAAACAAUAUAGAAUUUGGUCUCCACGGAUAAGAUCCCCGUGGCAGUUGAUGAAGCUGAAUCCAGCAAGGACAGGGAUAUCCACGACUUGUUGAAUGGGAAGUAAGUAACAGUUUUAGAGAGUUUUGAGGGAGAAGAUUGGGAUUUUUGAAGUUUUUUUAGUUUUCAACGGAUUGGGCUAAAGUAAUAUUAUUUUUUGAGUUUGCGCUGUUUUCGUGAGUGAUGAAGUGCUUAGGAGGCGGAGAAAGAAAGUAUAAAUAGUAAUUUAGUUGAUAUUAUUGAAAUUUUUAGCAGGCCUACGUCAAAACCGAGAUUUCUUGAAAUUUUUAGGUAUCUUUGUCUAAAAUAAGGUGAAUUUGUUGCGAAAUGUGCAGUUUAGUGAGUGGCACGUGGUUUGCAGGUGCGCCAAUAAUAAGUAGGACCGAUAGAGUUGUUUUGAUUAGUUUUGAUAUUAUUUUAGGUAUAAAAUUGUUAAAAAGCUGCUAAUUUUUCCAAAUUCAGCCUCAGUAUCUUAAAAUUGCAACUGCCAACCUCAGUAACAAUGAGGAAGAAAGGGAGACUGUGAACAUGGACACGAACGCCCAUGGGCAGAAUCCGCCACGGCCCUCUACAUCUAAAUGUAACUCGAUGUUUCUUGUGGUGCACAUAAAUAUAUCUGUGAAACUUGUUUUUUCUUGAUUUUCUUAACCAUUGUGUUAACCAGGAAUGUAUUUGAUUUUCAAUUGAAUCUUGAAAUGACAGCCAUGUUAAGGCUAAGCGUAUCACAAUUAUAAAACAAAUAAAAACACACCCAAAUCACCGGAAUAAUGAAAAGGCAAAAAUUUUCACCCAAAACAACCGUUUUCCGCAAGAAAACCGCCAGCUCAAAAUCGAGGGGGCGGGGCCUAUAAACGUCGGAAGAGCCUGCCCGCAGACGCUUCCUCCAGAAGAGAAGAAAGAGUGUGAUGGCAGACGCUUUCCCAAGUGGUGAGAAUCUGCUCGAGACUCUUCCGACAAAAAAAGAAAGAGGCUGAAGCAUUUUUUUCAGAAGAUUUUUUUCGCUCUUAUUCCUUCGCUCUUAAAUUUUUUUUUUGAUUUUGAAUUUUUUUUGGAUUAUUUUUGGAAAAAAAAUUUUUUGAUUUUUAUUUUUUUUUGAAAAAAAAUUUUUUUUUAUUUUGAGUUUUUUUUUUCGAUUUUUAUUCUGAAUUAUUCCCACCAUCAGUAAUAGCCUUCAAAAAAAUCCCAAAAAAAAUUUCAGAACGAAUUCGUCGUUGUCGAAAUGGAGCUGGGCAACAUCGCGGCGGCCUCGAUUUGCCAAAUCAAUGCCAUCAUCGAAGCCGAAGGCUCGAGCGAAGCCAUUAAUUAUGGAACGGACUCGAUCAGCAUGUCCGUGCAGAACAAAUUCGUCCCCAGCGAAAGCCAGGUGAAUGAAGCGGCGGCGGUCGGAAAAGCACUAACCGUUCUGAAAUCACUCUGUAUAAAGCUGUUGGAAGCCAUGAAAAAGGGAGACGAAUAUGCGGAUCAGCUGUUCAUGAAUUUUCAGAGGUUUGAUUUUUUUUGAUUUGAGUUUUUUUUUGCAUUGUGCAGACUUUUUUUUGCACUGUGCAGAAUUUUUUUUGCACUGUGCAGACUUUUUUUUGCACUGUGCAGAUUUUUUUUUUUGCACUGUGCAGAAUUUUUUUUUUGCACUGUGCAGAAUUUUUUUUUGCACUGUGCAGAAUUUUUUUUGCACUGUGCAAACUUUUUUUUGCACUGUGCAAACUUUUUUUUGCACUGUGCAGACUUUUUUUCCACUGUGCAGAAAAUUUUUUUUGCACAGUGCAAAUUUUUUUUCGUAGUUUUCACAGAUUUUGAUGAAACUUGCCAUAAAUUGUAGACAGAGUGAAAUUUUUGAAGAAAUAUGCGAGAUUUUUAGGAAGAAUUUGGUCGAUUUUUUGGUCGAAAAAAAUUGAAAAAUUUUGAUUUUUGUGCAAUUUUUGUAACGAAAAAUUUUUUAUUUUUUUGAAUUGGAUCGUAAAAUUUUUUAGCUAAAAGUGGAUUUUUUCAACGAAUAAAUUGCAGAGGUAUGGCCGAAAAUUAUUUUUUUUACUUUUUUCUUAAUUUUUUCUUCAAAAAAAUUUUAGUUUUGGUCCGAAAAAUUUUGAUAAUUUUUGUAAAUUGCAAGCUGAGAACCUUGCAAUUGCCUUAGAAAACUCAGUUUUAAAUUGGUGCCAAGUUUCAUCAAAAUUGAACCAGUGAAUUUUGAGAAAUUUGCUUUUCGACAUCACUCGAUGACCUACUACAAUAUCCCCCCAAAUUUCAGAUGGCUUUUCGACUCCCAGUCCCUGAUGUACGACCCAGCCCUAACUCAGAUGGUCUACACGCUGAUGAAAAAGCUCUGCCUGCUGUUGGUCUGCGAAAUCAACCAGAACGGCGGCCGCGUUCUGCACUGCUCCUUCAACCGGCUGGUCUUUUCAACCCAGCACAAAACCGUCGAAGAGGCGCUGGGAUUCGUCGAGUCGUUGCGCAAAUCCAUGGACAGGAAGCUCCUCUUCCACGCAGUCAACUUGAUCCCGUAUCGGCUGAGUCAGAGCACCGUUUGGAUGGACCCUUUCAACUUUGCCCGCGUCGACUGCGCCAAGUGGAAGAUGGAGGAAAAAUCUUGGGAUUUCCUGGAAGUAAGAGCUGUUUUUUGACUUGAUAUGGAGUCUCAAUAAUGUAAUUUUAAGUUGUUUGGGAGAUGUCAGAACUUGCUCGUCAAAAAUUUUUUUUUUCAAAAAUUAAUUUUUUUUUUUUUGAAAUUUUGAAAUUUUAGGAUCGAAAGCUGAGAUGUGAAUUCCGAAUGGUCGACGCCUUCCCAACUCAAGUUCAGAACAUGUUCAAGGGAAUGCUGGCGUCGUAUAUGGUGGAAAUAACGACUUUUAAAGAGAAAAGAUUGAAGGAGAAGGUAAAAAUUUAAUUUUUGAUACUUUUGGCUUGAACAUGACGAUUAUUUUUUGUCUUUUUGACUUUAGAAUGUCAAUAGUAUCGUAUCAUGAUGUCUAAAUGUAUUUUCCAGAAGUUUGACCGCCAGGAAUUCAUCACUUUUUGCGGCGAUUACCUUCAACAUCUCAGCGACAACCCGCGAAAGGACGAGGAAGGCAAAAUCAUUGGAAACUCGAUCAUGGGCGCCGUGGAAAUCCUGCACAAGGAACGAUUCAACCUCUACGAUGAAGCGGUGGAAAGCUCGGCGGUCGGGAAAAUGCUGAAAUUCAUGGAUAUUCGGUUCAAUGUUGCACUGGAGUUUGUGAAAGCCAUGGCGGAAGUGAGUUUAUUUCGUCCGAAAAUUGGGGCUAUUCCGCAUUGCGCGGACUAGAAAUGCUGUAUGCGUUGUAAAGAAAUAAUAAUCUACAGUUGCGGACCUGAUCCAGUGGCAAAAAACGUACCAUUUUGUAUCCGAGAAGUAUCAAAAAUGUGGCAAAAUACCUCCCUCUCCAAGUGAAAAAAACUUGGUUUUGAAGGGCUCCCUCACAAAAAGAGCGGGCGCGAUUUUGAAAUCGGAGUUUUUCACUUGGAGAGGGAUGCAUUUUGCCACAUUUUUGAUACUUCCCGGAUGCAAAAUGGUACGUUUUUGGUCAAUGGAUCAGGUCCGUCAUGUAUGCCAUGUAACAUUUCUGGGAAGGUAUAUUGCAGUGGCGGACUUGAUCCAGUGGCAAAAAACGUACCAUUUUGCAUCCAGGAAGUAUCAAAAAUGUGGCAAAAUACCUCCCUCUCCAAGUGAAAAAAACUUUUUAAAAUUUCCCUCACAAAAAGAGCGGGCGCGAUUUUGAAAUCGGAGUUUUUUCACUUGGAGAGGGAUGCAUUUUGCCACAUUUUUGAUACUUCCCAGACGCAAAAUGAUACGUUUUUGCCACUGGAUCAGGCCCGCCACUGUGGAUAUUUGUUUCCAAAUGUUUAUUUGAAAAGUUACUGAAGACUUCUAGACACAAUCUAGAACAAAAAUUAUCUUGGAUUUUUGUUUUUUUUUUGACGGUUUGCGAUCAAUUUUAUCUUAUUUUAGACACUAAAGUAAUAAAAAGUUGAAAACAGUCAAGAUUUUUAUUGAUGUUUUCUUGAAAGUGUGUGUUCAUAAUAAUUCAGAGUCUAUGGAGUAUAAAAAAUACCGAACAGAGCCGCGGAGUUUGGCUCUAUGACAGGUUACAGUCAAUUUUAUAUUACUUUAGUCACUAAAAUGCAGUGGGGGGACCUGAUCCAGUGGCAAAAAACGUACCAUUUUUGAAUCCAGGAAGUAUCAAAAAAUGUGGCAAAAUACCUCCCUCUUGAAGUGAAAAAAAACUCUGAUUUCAAAACGAAGUUUUUUCACAUGGAGAGGGAAGCAUUUUGCCACAUUUUUGAUACUUCCCGGAUGCAAAAUGGCACGUUUUUUGCCACUGAAUCAGGUCCCCCACUGCAUUUUAGUGACUAAAGUAAUAUAAAAUUGAUUGUAUCCUGUCAUAGAGUCAAAUUCCGCGGCUCUCUGUUGUAUUUUUUAUACUCCAUAUACUAUAAAUUAUUAUUAACACCCACCGCAAUAUACCUUCCCAGAAAUCUGAUCUUUACAUCUAAGUGAGUAUAAAAGGCUUCGAAAAGUAGAAAAACCUUGUAUCAUAUUGUGUUUUAGAUAUUCGCCCAAGAUCCCGAUCUCUUCGAGGUGAUCGAGGACAUCCGAACGAGAGCCCUCAAUUUCAUGGGAAUUAAUGAAAGCGCCUUCGAAGCGGAUUACAAACCAAUCCAUCAUCGAGUCAUCCUCGAGCAGAUUGUCUGCCCCACCUGCUGCCUGAAUGUCGACCUCGACGUGACCUCAGUUUCGAUUGUAAAUGAGGAUGAAGAGGUUUUGGAGGCCCGCAAAGGUAAGAUAAUAUAAUUUUUGUGGAAAUUUUUUGAUUUUAUUCCCGGAAAAUGAAGUUUUAGUGAUGAAAUGAUCUAUUUUUGCUUUUAGUCCAAUUCAAUUGCCCGGAAUGUUCAUCAACAAUCGCUAGAAAUAUGGUAGAAGGCCUGCUGAUCACCCGAUUAAACAAGAUCAACAGAGUCUUCGAUGCGCAAGAUUUCGAAUGCGUAAAGUGCAAAAGAGAAGCCACCAACAGUGCGGAUAUCGUCUGCCCAAAAUGCAAAUUCCAAUACAAACCAACGAUCGCAUCCGACGAUUAUUUUUCACAUAUCCGCACUUUGCUCGCCCUCAGCAAAGUCUACGAAUUCAAGUGUCUCCACGCCGCUACCGAGUUAACUUCCAAGUGCUAUACGUGUAAAAAGUAA